AUGACGUCUGAAACUGACAUAACACAAUGUGAUAAACGAAGUAUCAAUCUAUUAUCACUAGAUGGAGAAAAGAUAACAGUUGAUAUGGAUGUUAUAUCACAAUCAAAAACUAUCAGAAAUAUGUUAACAGAUUUAUUGAUCGAUCAAGUUGAUGAAUCACAGCCAGCUUUUGAUUUACCUGUAGAGUUGCCAGCUAAAACUAUUAAAAAGGUUCUGGAAUGGUGUACACAUCAAGCACAUCUCACUGCCGAUGCUGAAAAAUCAGAUGAAGAAAAAACUUGGCGACAAAAUUUUCUUACUUUACCUGACAAUAAGGAACUUUUUGAACUUGUUCAGGCAGCUAAUUAUUUGGAUGUUAGCGAUUUGCUUUCUUGUGGCUGUAAAACAAUCGCAAAUCAUAUCAAAGGGAAGACUGUAGAGGAGUUACGAGUUUUCUUCAAUAUUGAAAACGAUUUUACACCUGAAGAGGAAGCUCGUAUUCGAGCAGAAAAUGCUUGGUGUGAAAUGUGA